GUCAUAGAGAGUCCAUAGCAACCACCCAGUUCAGGUCUCAGUCAGGGAGAGUAGAAACUGACUUUGACACUUUCUGGUGCAGGAAAGCUGGUCUAAGGAAGCUAAGGAAGACAAUCCGUUGACACAGCCAAGACUGUAGCCAUGGCAUCUGUAUCAUUUCGAGAGCCAGUAUCUCCAACAGUGGGGAAACACAUGAUUGUUACAGGCCCAGAUUAUAUAAAGGAUCAUCUACCUAAAGUUCAUCAGCACACUUGCUACAUAGGAGAAAAGCGUCCGGCAUUAGAAAAAACUGGAGAUCUCAGAUAUUUAUUGCGGCCUGCCUCCAACAGAAGUUUGCCGGCAAAAUAUAAACAUGAGUAUGUUGGUGAAAUUGGUUGGGGAAUCCCAAUGUUUGAUUUUAUCAACAAAACAAGGCGUGAGAGUGGCUUUCACAUCAAGUAUGCAGAACCAAGUCACUACGCCAUUGGCCAAGCCAACCACAGAUACCAAAACCCAUGGCAACCCAAACCUGGUAUUAUGGAUAUGCAAGGAAAAUUCAGUCGUGCUUUUCUUGCGUGGCAUAUGGGUGAUUGUGAGGACAUUGAUCAAAGAAAUUCCAAAUAUGCUCUCCUCCUCAGGCAGAGUAAGGCGCCAUUGCCAAGAGCUUCCAGACCACCUCAGUUACCAGAGCAACUGAAAAAGGAGGGAUCACGGCCCAAGGGGCUCAUGGCGACUGCAGCGGGGGCGCUGUGUGGACGAGAGGACACCAAGCCGCUCUUCCCUGUGCAGGCUUCCUGGAGUAAAAAGAAAUCUCAUCAGCAGGUUCCAACAUGCUUCUAGAAAGAAAAACUGCCUACAAAUGUGAACAAAAAUAAGGUCAUAAUAUUCCAUAAGUGUGUCCUGUAUUUCCCCCCAGGACAGCUAUCCUGCCAGUAGCUUCAAUUUAAAGGCCUAAAUAAAGUUUUUAGUGAU